UGCUGAAUAUUAAGAAUAUUUUCUCAUUUUCUAUUCUCGUUUACUUUCUUUUUUCUCCCCCUCAUAUAUUCUUUCCCUGAAGCUUGCUUUUGCUUCUCAAACAGCAAAAACCAGUACGAAAGUAGAAACCUUUCUAUAUUUGCCAUAUCCAUCACUAUAUUCCCCACUCUUUCAUCAAUUCUUCUUUCUUCCUCUCCUGGGUCUUGUUCCUUUAUGCCAAAAAAGAUGGCGAAACUUUAGGGUUCCUUCAAUCCUUGUUUGCCUGGUGAGAAAAUUAGAAGGAAACUAAGAGAGGGGAAGGAGAGAGAGAGAGAGGUGGGUAAAUGGGGAGAGGAAGGGUUCAGUUAAAACGGAUCGAGAACAAGAUCAGCAGACAAGUAACUUUUUCCAAGAGGAGAACCAGUUUACUCAAGAAGGCUCAUGAGAUCUCCGUGCUGUGCGAAGCUGAUGUUGCUCUGAUUGUCUUCUCCACCAAAGGAAAGCUCUAUGAGUACUCUACUGAUUCAAGAAUGGAGAACAUCCUAGAGCAAUAUGAGAGAUCCUCACAAAUUGAACCUCAGCUACUUGCUCCGGCAAAUGCAGGAUUGCACCAGCAAAACUGGGGUAUGGAAUUGCCCAAGCUCACGAAUCGGUUUGAAGUCCUGCAAAAGAACCUGAGGCAAUAUGCUGGAGAAGAGCUGAACCCUCUAAGUCUCAGGGAGCUUCAUCAUUUGGAGCAACAAAUUGAUAGUGCUCUUAAGCGUAUACGAUCUAGAAAGAACCACCUCAUGCACGAGUCCAUUAUAGAGCUGCACAAGCAGGAAAAGGCACUGAAGCAACAAAAUAACAUGCUAGCCAAAAGGAUUAAGGAAAAUGACAAGGGGAUGGAGGAAGGUACACAGAGGGAGCAGCGAACCAAUAAUAAUUGCCAAAUCUCCACCCCGUCUCGCAUUCUAUUGCCGCCACCAUCACCAUCACCAUCACCAUCAUCAAUUUUUCUUCCUCCUCCUUCCACUAGUGACCCUUUCCAAAAGGAAGUGGCAGUAAAUGAAAAAGCCGAAGGUCAAACUCAACACAGCACCAUGCCUCCUUGGAUGCUUCACCAUGUGAACCAAUAGAAAUUCUGAAACCAAGUUGUUUGCUGUUAUAUACAAUUAAUGAAGUAAAUUGUAUCUAAGAUUAAAACUUUUCCCUCGUCAUAAGGUUGUAUUAAAAUACUACUGAGCAUUUGCUGAAUCGAUAAAAUUAAUCUUGUUGUGGCA